CACGCACGCACACACACACACACACACACACGCUGCACUGCGCGCGCUGUGCCAGGUGGACGCAACUUCUUGAGAGAAAGCUCGAAAUUGUUUUUGACUUGGAGACUUGGAGACGCGCGUCAUGGCACACUUGAGCGCACUGUGCGUGUCCUUGCUGACGCUGCUGAGUCCAGUCCUGACCAGCAGCAUCACCGAGGACUUAGAGGUUUUGGUGUUUUUGCCAAAAAAUAACUCGUAUCUCUUCUCACGCGCCAGAGUCAUGCCGGCGAUCCUUUACGCGCAGAGCAGACUCUCAGAGGAGUCCGGACUCUACUCCGGCUUCCACUUCAACAUCCACUUUGAAAACUCCGACUGUGUUAAUGAUGCUGUGCUGACGUUAGUGGACAGGUCGUGCCAACAGAAGCCGGACCUGAUCCUGGGUCCCGUGUGCGAGUACGAGGCGGCGGCGGUGAUUCGGCUCGCGUCCCACUGGAACAUCCCGGUGGUCUCGGCAGGUGCGCUGGCCGCCGGCUUCAGCAACAAGAAAGGCGAGUACUCGCACCUGACCCGCAUCGCCCCGUCCUACGUGAAGAUGGCAGAGACGUUCAGCGCGAUGUUCGAGCACUUCACGUGGAAGAGCGCGCUUCUCGUGUACGAGGACGACAAGGAGGAGCGCAACUGCUUCUUCACCAUGGAGGGAAUCUAUCACCUGAUGAGCGACUUCAACCUCAAGUCGUACGCGAUUUCCGUGGAGGAGCGACUGGACACCGACAGCGUCCUGCAGAACAUCCACGACACUGAAGUGGUGAUCAUGUGCAUGGGAGCGGACAGAAUCCGAGAGAUCAUGCUGGCCGCACACAAGCGACGCUUCACCAGUGGAAAUUAUAUGUUCUUUAAUGUUGAACUCUUCAACGCCUCUUCCUACGGCAACGGCUCUUGGAAGAGAGGAGAUAAAUACGACAGUGACGCGAGGCAGGCCUACGCCUCUCUGAACACCGUCACGCUGCUCAGGACAGUCAAGCCUGAGUUUGAGAACUUCUCCAUGGAAAUGAAAAAGUCCAGUGAAAAAGCCGGACUUCACGACUGCAAGGACUGUGAAAGUGUCAACAUGUUUGUCGAGGGAUUCCAUGAUGCCAUGCUGCUGUACGCCAUCGCGCUGCAUGAGGCCAUGAAACACGGAUACACUAAGAGCAACGGGACAGAGAUCACUGCUCGCAUGUGGAACAGAACGUUUGAGGGUAUCGCGGGACAGGUGUCCAUGGAUGUUAAUGGUGACAGAAAUGGAGAUUUCUCCUUGAUGUCCAUGACUGAUGUUGAGGCAGGAACUUAUGAGGUGGUAGCCAACUACUUUGGAGAAAAUGGAACGUUCCAGCUGCUGCCUGCGUUCAGCACUGAACAUUUCACUCUGAGAGAAAAACAUAUACCGCACGCAGAGAUGGCGGAUAAAUCAUGUGGACUCGGUGUUUCAGCUUUGACUGGAGUCAUAGUGGGAGCUGUUCUGGGAACUGCUUUGCUUAUAGCUUUCUACUUUUUCAGAAAGAACUACAGGAUCACAAUCGAGCGCCGCUCCCGCAGCGAGGAGAACGACACCAGGAAGCACCGUCAGUUACGAGAGGACUCCAUCAGAUCAAACUUCUCGGCAGCGUAAUGAGCGGUGGUGGCAGUCCCUUCACAAACAAUCACACAUCUGAAUGUGACCAAAGACUGAGAUCUUAUUGUGUUUGUAUCCUUCCGUGUUUUGACUAAUUGUAACUCAGGACAGUUGUAACAGUCACAAAGCACCACUUUCUUGGACGUUCCUCCAUACAAAGGUAUAUGAUUGUAUUGGUGUAUAGAAAGCUUUGGCCAUAAGGAGACGUUGUGUUUUUGAUCUUCAGACGAUGGUUGCCAUGACUGUGAAUGAUCCAGGACAGACAGUAACAUGCACUACAGCACGGUGGGUGAGGUCUACUGUACUUUUGCCUUUCAGGUUGACAAAUAGAGGCUUGAUGUGUUUAAGGUAGUAAACAAACAUGGCAGAGCAAAAACUUGAUACAGCUGGAGUUAAGUGACUAAAAAGGGAUAUAGGCUCGAUCUAUAUCUACAUGUAUAGGCUAUAAGCUACUGAUAUUAAGCUACUGAUAUUGUAAUGUUUUCAGUUUCACUUUGUUAAAAUCCAGCAGCCUCCGUUCUAACUGAGCACAUUACUGCUAAAUAAAAACCACCGUAUCACAUAUCAUCUUCAAAGUACAUCUCUUUUAUAAGUUUAGAAGUUUAUAAUGACUCGUCUGCAUACAUCCCGUCUCUAAAUGAUUACGUUUUUAUAAACUAAUGUGUUCCCUUCAUAAAACCAACUGUGGUACUACUUUCUGAUGAGGCAUAUUUUUACAGAAUGUGCUUCAUAAAUGCUUAAUAAAUUCUUCAAAUACAUGAGUUAAGAACAACAUAGGACGAGCUGUGGUUGUUUUGUCUCAUUCAUCAAACUCAUCUCGCUUAAAUUUGUUCUUAAGAAAGUUCCCACGUUAGAGGGUUAGGACCACAUAUGAACAUUGGUUUUGGAAACUUCUGAAAAGCCAGAAUUCUAAGACUAAAGUCAGAAUUCCAACAUUAAUCUCAGAAUUAUGUGGGAAAAAAGUCAGAAUUCUGCGGAGAAAGAACUUAAAUCUCAGAAUCCUGACUUCUGAGAAUCACAUUCUGAAUUUCUUUUCACAAUUCUGUUUUAUUUUUUUUUUAUUAUUUCUUACUAUGGUUUAAAAAAAUAUUCCCAUGUGGCCCUAAUCCUCUUCCAUACGUUCCUCACUGCACAUCAGAUGUGUGACCUGAUUUUAAACUGGACCAUAAUGUUGAAUAAUGAGAUCCAUCAUCUUAUUAUUUUAAAUUCUGUAAUGUAAAAUUGAUCCUGUCAGGGUCAAAUGUGUGUGACUGUGCUCUGAGUUGUAUUACAAAUUUCAGAAUCGUCUUGGAAACAUUGCAAGUCAGGCUUCAAGUUAUAGUGUGAGAGUGUUUUGAAGUGUGGUUCUAAGUGAGUUAUUUCCACAUGCUGUGGAAACAUGUCUGUGAGCAGCGCCGCCAGAAAAACUGAUUUUAGCAACUUAAAACAUAUGCCAGUUUAUAGAUACAGUAUAUGUCCUGGGUUUGCUGCUGUAUCUCAUCAUUAGCCUUUUCCAACAGGAGACUGAAGUUUGGGUCCCUGUGUAAACCAUUCACUCCCUUGCACCAAAGUCCAUAGAGAAAAGUGAUUUUACAACACAGCUGAGUUUAAAUCUAUUUUGACUUGGAAAUUCUUUAGUUUUUACCCAAAUGACACAACAUUUAUAAACAAAGCAGCAGAAGACCAGCAACGACUUUGUCCCUGGAAAAAUCGCUGAUUUUCUCUCUGGACUUUGCACCAAAGUACAAGAACUUAUAUUAUUUCUUAUAGUACCAACCUUUGGUUCUGUGACCUGAUGUUGUUGGAGGCUUUUACACAAACAACAAACUAACUGUGUUGUUUCUUAUUAUUUAUCACAACAGAGUCAUUGAAGAAGUGAUUGACCCAAUGACCACAGCAUAAAGGAUAAGUUACAAUAAUAUAAUAAUAAGGAUAAGUUAACUGUUACUUACUGAGGCAUUGAUAAUUAAUGUGUGUAAUACUGCCAACAUUCUUAUAAAUAUUCCUUAUCAGAAAGUCCAACAGUAGAGACUGCAUGAAACAAAUCAUUUCACUCAGCACGAGUGAGCUUCAGAUAUAUAUAUAUAUAUAUGUAUAUACAUAUAUAUAUACACACACAUACUGUGUAUAUAUAUAGUCUCUGUCGGCUGCAUUCUCUGUGCAGAAUUUAAAGACAAGGUUUUUGUAGAAACAAAAUAAAGACAAUGAACUUGGUAAAUAAGCGUCCAAGUCUGCUGUUGACUUCAUGUGUUGGGGAAAAAGUAUAUUCUGACAGUAAACAGAUUUGUUGUAUACUCAGUGUUAUUCAGGAGCACCACAUGCACUUCCUUUAUUUAACCUUCUGUACAAUAUUACAAUAUUACCACAAUGACUCUUGGUAUCUGGUAUAGCGACCUUAAUGUAUUUAAAUUAUUUCAUGUUAUUUAUAAAAUCAGUAUUUCAAUUUUCUCUCUGGAUUUAUAGACAUUUCAAUUAAACGAUCUUCACAUGAUUAUUUCAGCAUAUACACACACACACACAUCAGUUUCAUUUUACAUGGAAUUCAGUGUGUAUGAGUGCUUGUUUUCUUAGAAAGUUUAUUUUGACCAUGGUUUAGUCAGGAUUACCUUUAAUGAGGUUUAGAUUGUCCUAAAUAUGAAGGACAAUUAUGUAGGAUUUACAGUGUAACAUGACAAACCCAAUGUAAGACGGUAAUAAAACAAUUAAAUAAUCUAUUAAUAAAAAAAAUAUAUAUAUAUAUAUUGUAUUAAAUUGAUGUUGAUAGUGGACCUUUAACUACCCUUUACACUAAGUUUUAGGGGCUAAGAAUAUGAAUUGCUCACAACAUAUACAUAUGUGUGUAUUACAUUUGUAUCUGCAUAGAUCACAGAACAACCAAAAAUAGAAUUGCUGAAAUUCCAAUUUGAAGAAGUCAUUUUCAAAUUCAUUUCAGCCCUGUUUUUGUUUCAUGGACACUUUAAGAUACUUCAUUCAAAGUUAAUGUGCUUUCUGUUUUAAGUUUUUCAUUUCCUUCAAAGCUGUGCAGUCAUUCUGAAACCCUAACAUCCUCAAAGUUAAGUGUCUUUGGUAAGGAGGGAACAAAUGAGACGACACGUGGGAUUACACAUUCACUGUGGUCAUGAGUGGAUUAUUGGUGACACAGUGAGCAUCUAAAGGCCAAAGCUUAAGUGUUUUUUUGUAGAAAACUUUAACCAUUGUGAUAUGUCAAGGCAUGAAGGUCAAACGGAUUCAAGAUGGAAAGAACUGUUGAAUUUUUGUGGGAAUUCAGAUAUCUGUGAUGUAAUAGCUAGAUGGAAUUAUUUCAACAACUGCAAAUAAAACGUUUUUAAAGGGUGUUAAAAAAUGUCA